UAUAAAUGACAAUUUAAAAAAAAUAAAUAAAAAAAUAAAAAAAUGAAAUAAGGAAAGAGCUAUAAGCUCUGACAAACAGUGAACAGAGAACAGCUUCGUCGUCUUCCUAAAUUCUCUCCUAUAGAAUUCCUCAGCAAUCUUUCUAUCACUCUCUCUCUCUCUCUCUCUCUCUCUCUCUCUUUCCCUCUUUAUCUCCUCCACUCUCUGUUUUCUCUCUGCUACUCUGCAAGUUUUCAUGAUCUGAGGCGUUAUCAUUGGUCAUAGCCCAGCAAUAGCAAAAUACCAAGUAUUUUCCAACGAUGGUCCUUGGUAUAAGAUCGAAGAAUCGGAAAAGUGUUGCGGUACAGGUUGAUUAUCUCAUCCAUGUGGUGGAGAUUAAACCAUGGCCCAUAUCAAAGUCUUCUAAAUCUAUCCAAUCUGUAAUUCUUCAAUGGGAAAAUGGUGAUCAACUUUAUGGGUCUUUCACUUCGGGUGUUGGAGAUGGUAAGAUUGAGUUUGCUGAGUCUUUCAGGCUUCCUGUCACGUUAUGCAAGGAAACAUCGAAAAAGGGUGAGAGUUACCAGAAGAACAAUUUGGAGUUUUCCUUGUUUGAACCACGAAAUGAUAAGGGAACGAAAGUUCAUCUCUUGGGAUCGGCUGCAAUAAAUCUUGCAGAUUAUGGAAUUCUCAAGGAAACCAUUGCCUUAGAUAUCCCAUUGAACUGCAAGAAGAUUUCUAAGAAUUCUGGGCAACCUGUCCUUUAUAUUAAUAUUCAGCCAUGUGAGAAUAAUAGCUCCUGCUCUUCACCAAAAGACAACUUAUCAAAAGAAGUUCCCUUGGACAAAGAUGGAAAUGAAACUUUUUCAGAAUCAAUGACUGAAAGGAAUACUGAAGAAGCUGAGAUCGAUUCUUUUACUGACGAUGAUGAUGGUGUCUCUUCACAUUCUUCACGUACUAUUAACUCUUCUACUUUUGAGACAACAACAGUCAGCUCACCAUCUAAUAGCGUAAAGAAUGGGUCAGAAACAGUGAAGGAUGGUACUAAAAUGAUUUCUGGGGAGCCUGCUAUACCCCCAAGGACUGAAAAUCCAAGCAUAUGGCCAAAGCCCCCGGCUAUAACAGUCAAGCAUCCAAAUGGAAGCCCAUUACCAUUGUCAUCAACAGGCUCUUUCUCCAGUCUGGGGAACCCUGCUAAUGAUAAUGCUUCUUUCCCCCAUAUUCCACAGGAGAGCGCAAUGUCAAUCCUGAAAAAAUCUGUCACCCACAGUUUCCAGUCUUCUAAUUCCUUGGGCUACCAACGUAACCACGAAUCAUCUGGCAACCAUAAACUUACAGAAAGGCUUGUUGGAAGCGGUGAUAGAGUGCCAGAAAAUGCUCAAGAAUCCAUUAGAGACCAUGUUGUUGGCAAUGCUGCUGAUUUAGUAGCAUCCUCAAAUAUGAAUAUUCAGGAAGGCAUGAAUGCAUACUGUGAAAGCACUAUAAGCGCGAAAGAGGAUGAUAGAAAAGCUUUGAAACAGAACAAAAAGGGCAAUGAGAAGGAGGCUUUAGCUAGUGGUUCUCAUGUGGGUCAUUUAUGGGACAGGGUGUACCAAGAAGAGGAAGAACUUGAAGGAAAUGAUCAUAUCAUAAAGAUGAAGCAAUAUUCUUUUGAUGCCAAAGUAGCUUCUAGAUUUUCAGAAAAUACAAGCAGAAAGCAAGUGACUAUGAGAAGUAAUACUAGUACAUUCAGAAAUGAAGACAUUGGAGCACCUGGCCAUACUUUAAAAAGUAAUAAAUUAAAUCGUGAGAAGUCUGCACAGUUGCCUUUGGACUCAACCGAGAACAGUAAACUGUUGGACAGGACUGAAUUCAUGAAAAGGCCAAAAAGAGUUGAAAUUACUAAAGAUGCUCAUGAUUCUGCUAUCAGUGGUAUAACAAGUGUAGGAAAAGAAACACCAAAUAACUCUUGUUAUAGUAAAGGUGAAAUGGAGUCUAAAAUUGAAAUGCUCAAAGAAGAGUUAAGGGAAGCUGCUGCCCUUGAGGCUGGCCUCUAUUCAGUUGUUGCUGAGCAUGGGAGCUCUACAAACAAAAUACAUGCUCCUGCUCGGCGACUUUCUAGAUUCUAUUUUCAUGCGUGCAAAUCAGACUCCCAAACUAAGAAGGCAAAUGCAGCUAGAGCUGCUGUUUCUGGAUUUAUGUUGGUUGCUAAAGCUUGUGGAAAUGAUGUACCAAGGUUGACUUUCUGGUUGUCAAAUUCAAUUGUGCUGAGAGCCAUUGUGAGCCAGACUGUAGGAAAAAUGCAACUUCCUGCUGGACCAUUCGUUAAACAUAAUGGCCGUGGAAAGUCCUUAAAUGAGGGUUUCACAUUGGGAAAGAAUGGGUUGCCUCAUAAAGUUAAGAAGAAUAACACCAAAGAAAGUUUUGACAAUUGGGAAGACCCACAAGUAUUUGUGGUUGCACUGGAAAAGUUUGAAGCUUGGAUCUUCUCCCGAAUUGUUGAGUCUGUAUGGUGGCAGACUAUGACUCCACAUAUGCAGCCUGCAGCAGCAAAGGGUUCCAGCUCUCGAAAAGUUUAUGGAAAGAAGUAUGGUUUGGGCGAUCAUGAUCAGGGUAAUUUUUCCAUUGAUCUUUGGAAGAAGGCCUUUAAAGAUGCCUGUGAAAGGCUUUGUCCACCUCGAGCUGGUGGACAUGAGUGUGGAUGCUUACCUGUAUUGCCUCGUUUGGCAAUGGAGCAGUUAGUUGGUAGGUUAGAUGUGGCAAUGUUCAAUGCUAUUCUGCGUGAAGAUGCUGAUGCGAUGCCAACAGAUCCUGUCUCUGAUCCCAUAAGUGAUUCCAAGGUUCUCCCUAUUCCAGCUGGAAAAUCAAGCUUUGGCGCUGGUGCACAGCUAAAAAAUGCAAUUGGAAGCUGGUCCAGAUGGCUUACUGAUAUAUUUGGUAUUGAUGAUAAUGAUGCUCCUGAGGAUAAUAAUGAACUCAGGGAUGAUAGAAAACUGGAAUGUCAAACACCCUUUAAGCCUUUCCGUCUUCUUAAUGCUCUGAGUGAUCUCAUGAUGCUUCCACAUGAAAUGCUUGCAGAUAAAUCCAUCCGGAAAGAGGUAUGCCCAACGUUCAGCGAACCAUUGAUCAAGCAGGUUCUUUCUACUUUUGUCCCAGACGAGUUUUGCCCAAACCCCAUUCCUAACACAGUUCUUGAGGCCCUUGAUUCUGAGGACAAUUUUGAGGCUGAGGACGAGUCUCUUACAAGUUAUCCAUGCAGUGCAAAUCCUACAGUGUAUUUACCACCUUCAGCGGCAUCACUAUCAGGCAUUACAGGAGAGGUGGGAAGUCAACCUCUCCUGAGGAGUGGAUCAUCACUUCUCAGAAAAGCAUAUACCAGUGACGAUGAGCUUGACGAGUUGGAUUCACCCAUGACAUCAAUCAUAGCUGAUAAAUUCCAGGUUUCUCCUUCCUCGCGAGCAUCCAACUCAAUCCUAAAGGAAAAGGGUGAUAGAAAAGUUGUCAGAUAUCAACUCCUCCGUGAGAUAUGGAAGGAUGGUGAAUGAUGAUUCUUCAUUUUUCCACCAGCCAUUUCUUUGUACAGGUUCAUCCUUCUAUUUCUGAUAUGUUAUCCAUUUGGUACUUUCUACAUGCCAUUUCUUGUACAGAUAAAGUUUUUAUAGUGCGCUAUUUUUUUUUUUUUUUUCUUGUUUGGAAGUGGAGAGCUCAGAGCUGUAAAUAUGAGGUCUAAAUUGGAUUUUUAUUGGUCAGAGGUGGCCUGAACUUUUAUUUCGUGUAGACAUGCAAUUUCGUUUGACGCAAGCUCAAUAAGAAGUAUUAGUGAUGACCUAAAUUUAAUAUUAA